ACGAUGAGGACUUACUCCUUGACAGUUUUGCUUUGGGGCUGUAUGCUUCAUGCAGUUCCUGUGAUGCUCUCCCAAAAAAGGACUAACAAACACUUGCAUAGUGAAAGGAUAACAGGAUUGUCAGAGAAUGAUGGAAAAACACUGCACCGCACCAAGCGUGGCUGGAUGUGGAAUCAAUUUUUCUUGCUGGAGGAGUACACAGGUCCAGAUACACAAUAUGUAGGCAAGCUACACACUGACCAAGAUAAAGGAGAUGGAAAUUUAAAAUACAUAUUAACAGGAGAUGGGGCUGGCAGUCUGUUCAUUAUAGAUGAAAAUACAGGAGAUAUUCAUGCUGCAAAGAAAUUGGACAGAGAAGAAAAGUCCCUCUAUGUGCUACGUGCCAAGGCUAUAGACAGAAAGACUGGAAGACAAGUGGAGCCAGAAUCUGAAUUUAUCAUUAAAAUCCACGAUAUCAAUGACAAUGAACCAAAAUUCACCAAGGACAUGUACACCGCCAGUAUUCCGGAGAUGUCUGGAGUUGGUACACCUGUUAUUCAAGUGACAGCCACAGAUGCUGACGACGCCAACUAUGGAAACAGUGCCAAAAUUGUGUACAGCAUCCUCCAAGGACAGCCAUAUUUCUCAGUGGAUCCAGAAACAGGCAUAAUCAAAACUGCUUUACCAGACAUGAGCAGAGAAAACAGGGAACAGUAUCAAGUGGUCAUCCAGGCCAAAGAUAUGGGAGGCCAGAUGGGAGGACUAUCAGGGACCACCACAGUGAACAUCACACUGACAGAUGUCAACGACAAUCCGCCUCGAUUCCCACAGAGCACCUACCAGUUCAGCUCUCCUGAAUCUGCACCACCUGGGACUCCUCUUGGCAGAAUUAAAGCCAAUGACCCCGAUGUGGGUGAAAAUGCGGAGACUGAGUACAGCAUCUCCAGUGGGGAUGGAUCAGACAUGUUUGACAUCAUCACUGACAAGGACACACAGGAAGGGAUUAUAACUGUCAAAAAGCAGCUGGAUUUUGAGAACAAGAUGUUAUACACCUUAAGAGUGGAAGCAAUCAACACUCAUCCUGAUCCUCGCUUUCUUCAGCUGGGGCCAUUUAAAGACACAGCUCUGGUCAAAAUUUCUGUGGAAGACAUAGAUGAGCCUCCAGUGUUCAGCAGAUCCUCUUAUUUAAUAGAAGUAGAUGAAGAUGCCAGGGAAGGAAGUAUUAUUGGGCAGGUUGUAGCACAAGAUCCGGACAUAACCAAGAAUGCAAUAAAAUAUUCUGUGGAUCGACACACUGACCUUGACAGAAUAUUCAACAUCUAUUCAGGAAAUGGAUCCUUAUUCAUCUCCAAGACACUUGACCGUGAAGAAACUCCCUGGCACAAUAUUACUGUCAUAGCAACUGAAAUAAAUAAUCCUAAACAAAGUAGCCAGGUACCUGUCUUCAUCCGGAUUUUAGACAUAAAUGAUCAUGCACCAGAAUUUGCCAAAUACUAUGAAACAUUUGUUUGUGAAAAUGCAAAAGCAGGACAGCUGAUACAGACUGUGAGUGCAGUUGACAAGGAUGAGCCUCCUCGAGGACACAAAUUUUUCUUUGAGUUGGUGCCAGAAUUUGCUGUUCAUCCAAACUUCUCCAUCAUCGACAACAAAGAUAACACAGCAGGGAUUUUGACUAGAAGAAACGGAUACAGCCGCAGCAAGAUGAGUACCUAUCUCUUGCCAGUCAUAAUAUUCGACAACGACUACCCGAUCCAGAGCAGCACGGGCACGCUGACCAUUCGCGUGUGCGCCUGCGACAGCCGGGGCAACAUGCAGUCCUGCAACGCCGAGGCCCUGCUCCUCCCGGCUGGCCUCAGCACAGGGGCGCUGAUUGCCAUCCUCCUCUGCAUCGUUAUCCUGCUAGUAUUAGUUGUCUUGUUUGCAGCCCUCAAGAGACAGAGGAAGAAAGAGCCCUUGAUUAUCUCAAAGGACGAUGUUCGGGAUAACAUUGUGACCUACAACGAUGAGGGAGGUGGGGAAGAAGAUACCCAGGCUUUUGACAUCGGCACUCUAAGAAAUCCAGAAGCGAGGGAGGAAAGUAAAAUGAGAAGAGAUGUCAUCCCAGAAACCAUAUUUCAGAUAAGACGGACUGCACCUCUUUGGGAAAACAUUGACAUCCAAGAUUUUAUUCAUCGAAGGCUAAAGGAAAAUGAUUUAGACCCAAGUGCACCUCCUUAUGAUUCAUUAGCAACGUAUGCCUAUGAAGGAAAUGAUUCCAUAGCAAAUUCACUCAGCUCCUUGGAAUCACUUACCACGGAUGGCAACCAAGAUUAUGAUUACCUCAGUGACUGGGGACCUCGGUUUAAAAAACUAGCAGAUAUGUAUGGUGGAGAGGAAAGCGACCGAGACUGA